AUGCUGGAGGUGCACGUGGGGACAGGCUCGGUCUUCUCCGUGGAGGGGCAGCAAGCGGUGCUGCCCGCCUGGUACACCAGCCGCUCCCAGAAGAAGCCCUACGUCACCUGGCUGCUCAAUAAGGACGAUGCCGUCCCCUUCCAGAUCCUGACCUACCUGGACGGGAUGGUGAAGGUGGAGGAGACGGACCUGAAGCCCCGCGUGGGGUUCCUGUACCCUGUCCUCACCCACAACAUCUCGGUCUUCAUCAACGCCACCCGGGAGCACGACUCGGGCCAGUACAUGUGCACCGUCAACGUGGUGGAUGACGACAGCGGCACAGGCAAGAACAUCGGCGUCAUCAACCUCACCGUCCUGGUGCCGCCAGCCUCCCCUGCCUGCCAGCUGCACGGCAACCCCACCGUGGGAGCCAACGUGACGCUGAGCUGCACCUCCGAGAAGGGGAAGCCCUCGCCCGCGUACCAGUGGGAGCGCACGGCUCCCACCCUGCAGGUCUUCUUCCCCCCUGCCCAAGACCGGGCCAGGGGCACCCUCAAGCUGACCAACCUCUCCCUGGAGAUGUCGGGUCUCUACGUCUGCGUGGCCGAAAACCGAGCGGGUUCAGCCAAGUGCAGCAUUGUCCUGGAGGUGCACUCAAGUGACACCAAAGCCGUCAUCGCCGGCGCCGUGCUGGGCUCCCUGGGCGCCCUCGCCACUGUCAUCUUCUUUGCCCGGCGGGUCGUCAGCUACCAGAGGAAAAAACGUGAUAGCCAGGAGGAGGCAGCCAACGAGAUCAAGGAAGACGCCGUGGCCCCCAAAACCCCAUCGUGGGCGAGGAGCCCAGCUUCGGACACCAUCUCCAAAACCAGCACCUUGUCCUCCAUCGCCGGCACCCGGGAGAAACCCUACGGAGCCAAACCCCCCUCCGACACCGCCUCCAUCCUCACCGCCACCGGCAGCUACCGGGGACCCCCACCCCGGGGAGGGGGACGCAACCCCAAACUCUCCCCCCCCGCCGUUAACGGGGUCCCCCAGCGUCGCCAGGAUCCAGCCCCCCCCCCGGGGUCAUUGCCCCCCUCCAGCUUGGCACGGGCGGGCGCCGUCCCCGUCAUGGUGCCGGCGCAGAGCCGAGCUGGCUCCUUGGUGUGA